AAUGGUGCUGAUAUCAAUGCACUCAACCGUGCAGGUGACACACCUCUUCACAAAUCUGCUUUCACAGGGAGAGUGAAUAUUGUGAUGAUGUUGCUCCACUACAAUGCAGAUGUGUUCCAAAUAAACGGAGAAGGACAAACUGCAAGAGACGUAGCUAGCAACCAGGAGGUGAAGCACAUAUUGCAAGCGGCAGAGCAAGCAGAGCUUUUUGCAAUAGAAGGGAGGUUUUUGGAUGCUGCUAGAGAAGGAAAUGUUGAUGUGCUUAAUAGCCUAUUAAAGUCCAAUCACCCUCCCCGCCUUAACUGCACAGACACCAGUGGUAACACGGCCCUGCACUGCGCAUCGUACAGAGACCAAAAGGAGGUGGCAGUUAUCUUGUUACAGAAUGGACUGGACACCAACAUCUUAAAUAAUAGAGGUCAGGCAGCAAUGGAUUUGGCACACACACCACAGAUGAAGCAGUUGCUUGGUGUGAAACCCAUCAAGGAGAUACAAAAGCUUGUGCACCGAUUUGAGGGCCCUCUUGCAAGGAAGAGCAGGGUGCUUGGCUCGUGGAAACAAUGGUGGGUGGUGGUGGAAAGAGGAGUUAUCUCAUACUUUAACCAUAGAGCGGACGGCAGUUCAGGCAUCAAACGCAAGCAUUACAAGUAUAUGGAAGAUGCGACGAUUAAUAUGAAGCCAGGUGACGACUAUGCAUUUGUGAUCACAUUUAGUGAUAAAUCCUGUCACACUCUAAGUGUCGUGCCAAGAGAGGAAGGACAGAAAGUUUCAAGACAGCGGUGGAUAAAUGCAGUGCAGCUUCACAUCUGCUACAGCAGUAAUCUAGUGAGGCGAGGAGGCAGGUAUGCUGGUAGUGAUGAGGAUGAUGAGGCUGGGGAGCUACAGCAUCUUGGAUCCAUGCAGGAUGCACUUGAGAUUGCAGUUGCCAACCAUCAGGUGCUUGAGAAACAAGUGGCAGAUGUAUGUCACCUGGUAGAACAGUCUAGUGCGAAAGCCAUCAUGUCUAGCAACACACAUGUAGAUGUUGGGACAGAGCUUUCAAGGAUGGUCGGCACGUCCAGGCAGGUGCUGUCCUCGCUGUCUCAUUGCCUUGCUGUCUGCAAGCAGUCUGAGGAGAUACAUCGUCAGCAUCUAAAAGAGGCACAAGAGAAGUCGCGAGUGCUAGAGGAUGCCCUUCAUGCAUUGGCAAAGGAGCACCAUGAACUAGAACAUUCAUUGGCCAUGUCUGUGCGGUCCGAAGGAAAGCAGGAGUUUUACUCACCUUUCCCCUCGCCCCAGCAGUACCAGAGCGACGAUGACGACAUUUUCUUUGAUGCAGAUGAUGAAUCAUGA